UGCUUACUUUCGGUUUCGUCACUGAGUAUAUAUACCCAGGAAGAGACUUGCCAACCUACUGAUUAUAUCAGGAUUCUAACGAUUGAUUAACCCUGCAGUACCCUGGUACAGCACAGCCAGCAAUUCAUAUACCAGGAUGGCUCAGUGGUAUGAACUGCAACAGAUUGACUCCAAAUUCCUGGAACAGGUCCACCAGCUUUAUGAUGACAGCUUUCCAAUGGAGAUCCGACAGUACCUAGCUCAGUGGUUGGAGGCACAGGACUGGGACCAUGCUUCAAACAAUGUUUCGUUGGCCACCAUAUUGUUGCACGGGCUGCUGUCUCAGCUGGACGACCAGUAUAGCAGAUUUGCCCUGGAAAGCAACUUCUUGCUGCAGCACAAUAUCCGGAAGAGCAAACGCAAUUUGCAGGACCACUUCCAGGAGGAUCCUGUGCAAAUGGCCAUGAUUAUAAACAACUGUUUAAGAGAAGAAAGUAAAAUAUUAGCUAAUGCACAGUUACACACCCAGAAUCAAGUGGGCAGCACCCAAACAACCGUGAUGUUGGACAAACAGAAGGAAUUGGACAAAAAAGUAACAGAUGUGAAGAACCGAGCCCUUGAAGUGGAGCAGGAUGUUAAGAGUCUAGAAGACCUACAGGAUGAAUAUGACUUCAAAUUCAAAACUGUGCAAAGCAGAGAGAACGAACACAACUGUCUUGCGCAAAAUGAACUAAAGCAAGAAAAAAUCAUAUUAAGGAAUAUGUACUUCUCAGUGGGUGUAAAAAGAAAGGCUAUUGUCCAACAAGUGGCAGAACUCUUAAAUGCAGUAGAGCACACUCAAAAAGUUCUCAUUACUGAGGAGCUGGUCGAUUGGAAGCGCAGACAACAGAUAGCGUGUAUUGGUGGUCCCCCCAAUGCGUGUCUAGACCAACUACAGAACUGGUUUACAUACAUUGCCACAAGUCUACAGCAGGUCCGACAACAGCUGAAGAAACUCGAGGAAUUGGAACAGAAGCUGACGUAUGAACAUGAUCCAAUUUCAAACAACAAACAAGCCCUUCAGGAUAGGACACAGAGUCUUUUCAAGCAGCUCAUAGAAAGUUCCUUUGUAGUGGAAAGACAGCCAUGUAUGCCAACUCACCCUCAGCGACCACUCGUUUUGAAGACAGGGGUCCAGUUUACUGUGAAACUCAGGCUGUUGGUGAAACUACAGGAGUUGAAUUAUCAGUUAAAAGUGAAAGCCUUAUUUGAUAAAGAUGUAAAUGAAAAGAAUACUGUAAAAGGAUUUCGCAAGUUUAACAUCUUGGGAACCAACACGAAAGUAAUGAAUAUGGAGGAGUCUAAUAAUGGCAGCUUAGCAGCCGAAUUCCGACAUCUGCAACUAAAGGAGCAGAAGAAUGCUGGAAGCAGAACUAAUGAGGGUCCCCUCAUUGUUACUGAAGAACUUCAUUCUCUCAGUUUUGAGACACAGCUUUGCCAGCCAGGCUUUACAGUGGACCUUGAGACUGUGUCACUUCCAAUUGUGGUCAUUUCCAAUGUCAGCCAGUUACCCAGUGGAUGGGCUUCUAUAUUGUGGUACAACUUGCUGACCUCUGAGACAAAGAACCUCUCCUUUUUCCUAAACCCACCUGCACCCACUUGGUCACAGUUGGCUGAGGUAAUAGGUUGGCAGUUCUCUUCUGUAACCAAAAGAGGACUCAAUACGGACCAGCUGAGCAUGCUGGGAGAAAAGCUCUUGGGUCCAAAUGCAAACAAUGCUGAGGAUCUUAUCCCAUGGACUAAAUUCUGCAAGGAAAACUUAAAUGAGAAAACUUUCCCCUUUUGGCUUUGGAUUGAAGGCAUCUUGGAGCUUAUUAAAAAGCAUCUGUUAUGUCUAUGGAAUGAUGGAUGCAUUGUGGGCUUCAUUAGCAAAGAAAGAGAGCGUGGCUUGCUGAAGGAGAAGGAACCUGGGACGUUUCUUCUGAGAUUUAGUGAAAGCAGUAAAGAAGGAGCCAUCACUUUCACUUGGGUUGAGAGAUCCCAAAAUGCAGAGCCCCAGUUUCAUUCAGUGGAGCCGUAUACAAAGAAAGAGCUGUCUGCUGUAACAUUCCCUGACAUUAUCCGCAACUAUAAGGUUAUGGCUGCCGAAAAUAUUCCGGAUAACCCCCUGCGCUACUUGUAUCCAAACACACCAAAAGACCAUGCAUUUGGGAAAUACUACUCCAGGCCAAAAGAGACACCAGAACCAAUGGACGUUGAUGGACCUAAAGGAACAGGAUAUAUUAAAACUGAACUGAUUUCAGUGUCUGAAGUACAUCCAUCCAGACUCCAGAAUGCUGAAUUCCUUCUGCCAAUGUCACCUGAUGAGUACGCUGACCUUGCACAAUUAGUUGGCCCUGCUGAAAUCGAUACAGUGAUGUCUUCAUACAGCAGCUAACAACAGUACCUGAAUCUCUUAAAUAUCUGUACACCAAACAAAGAACUUAAGGAAUUGUAAUAGUGUAUCAUGUUCUGUUUU